UUGAUGACGUGAUAGCUAGCGGAUCAGAAGCCGAGGGUGGAAUUUGGAAAGCUUGCUGUUGCUGCUGUCAAGCAAAAUUAUUCUGGAAUUGUGUUUUACACAAACUUGACUCUUUUUCUCUAAAAAUUUGUUUCUGACCAUAGCAUCAUGCCAGUCCAAACUCGAAGGGGUAACCAGUCUACUUUGUCAUUCCCAACAAGAAAAACUAACACACCGAGUAGGAUCGAACACACACACAGAGGUGGAGAGAAGAAACUUGAUAGACUAAAAAGAGAUCACUGCAGAAGUAAAAGUCUCUCUUCACUUUCAAAAUCAACAUCUGUACAUGUAGAUGGUGAAAAAAGCUUUACAUCGCUGGCUGAUACACUGGAUGGGGUUAUAUCACCUAGGAAGAGGAGUACCAUUGUUGCUGCUAAGGACUCUCCUUUAAAGACACCAUCUAAAUCUCCAAGGAAAAGAUCGAUUUCAGAUCAUUACAAUGAUGAAAACCAAGAGCCAGAAGCUUGCAGUCCAACUAAAGUAAAGAGAAGUAUCCUGGAAUCAAAGUCACCUUCAAAGAGAAGCGAGUCCACUCCUAUCAGGAAGCUCAGCGUCACAAGGCAAGAUGGUGAGUGUUACAGCUCAGCCAAGAAAGCCCUUCACACAUCUCUUCCGGAGCGCCUCCUUUGCAGAGAGAAAGAGACUCAAACCAUCCAGUCUUUCCUCAAGAAUCAUCUAACUGCAAGGAAGCCGGGGAGUCUCUACAUCUCCGGCGCACCGGGAACCGGCAAGACAGCUUGCCUUAAACAGAUCUUACAGCAGCAACAAAAGGGUAGCAGAAAGAGCAGUCAGCAUAUAUUUGUAAACUGUAUGUUAGUUAGACAGAGCCAAGGUAUAUACCAUACAGUCUUGAAAGAGGUCAAUCAUGAUGUAUCAACAGAUAAAAUGUCAGCAAAGAUGGCUGCCAGAGCUCUACAGAAGGCCUUCACAUCACCUGGACCCACUGUAUUGUUAGUGUUGGAUGAAAUUGAUCACUUGGACUCCAAAGGACAGGAGGUUCUUUACACCAUGUUUGAAUGGCCUAGUCUACCCAAAUCAAGAUUGGUUCUUGUUGGUGUGGCCAAUUCACUGGAUCUCACAGAUAGGAUACUGCCUAGGCUUCAAUCCAGACCCAAAUGUCGACCAGAGCUUCUUCACUUUGCUCCAUACACCAGGACUCAGAUCUCGACCAUCUUGCAGGAUAGACUCAAAGAGAGUACUGUUGAUGGUACAGCUGUAGUAGAUCCAAUGGCCGUCCAGCUUUGUGCAAGGAAAGUAGCAGCAGUGGCAGGAGACGUGAGGAAAGCACUAGACGUCUGUAGGAGAGCAGUAGAGAUUGUUGAAGCAGACAUCAGGAGGCAGUCGAUAUUAAAACCAUCAGCAGGCUCCCCAAGAAAAACCCUACUGUCACCCGUCAAAUCAUCCGCCCGGAAUUCGCCCAAGAAAGGUUCUCCAUCAAAGCUCCCAAAGAAAGUCUCUCUGCUUCAAGUCUCCAAUGUCAUCAAUGAGGUGUAUGGGUCAGGGGUCAUGACCUCAACAGGAAGUAAAGGUCAAAGCUUCCCACUGCAACAGAAGCUGGUUAUCUGUACAGUUCUUCUAAUGGUCAAGGAAGGCAAGGCUCGAGAGGUCACACUGGGAAAGGUCCAUGAUACAUACUCAAAGAUCUGUGCAAGUCGUCAUGUGGCACCUGUUGACCAAUCAGAGUUCCUGUCUCUUUGCCAGCUGAUCGAGACUCGAGGUGUCCUUGCUCUCAAGAAAUCAAAGGAUGCUCGACAAACAAAGAUGUGCUUGAAGAUGAAUGAAAAGGAGGUCGAAUUCGCUCUUCAAGAUAAGGUCCUAAUGUCAGCCAUCUUGGAAGCUGGCUUGCCUAGCAACAAAGACAAGAAAGGCAAACAGUUAUGAUGAUUGCUUUCAACCAUGUAAUUAGUAAUAGAUAAGAAUCGGUGCUGUCUGCAAUUUUACUUUUUUUUAAUAGAAGUUCAUUGCCAUUAAUUGUAUUUUAUAAUUAAUUGCCUCUUAAUUUUAUUUUGUAAUAUAGCUGUACAUGACUUGUAAUGAUAAUGAAUAGUAUUUAUAUUGCGCAUUUCAUAUAAUGUCACAUUUCUGAUUGCCCUUCAGAAAAAAAGAAAGAAAAAUACCUGUUGCAAGAGUUACUUUGUUGAAUUUAGGUACAUUUUUAAUUUAUAAGUUUUAACAUCUUUUAGAAAAAAAUGUCAUAUAUCAAUUACUUUUUAGAUGUGAAUUCGGGAGCUUGUUCCCUGAAACCGGGUCUGAAUAAUGAAUAAUUUUUUUACCAUUGUUUUUAAAUAUUGGACAAAUAAUUAGUAUUGUGUGAAUGAAGCAUGUAGAAAUGAAGAAUGUAUUAAUUUUAUAGUCAAAUAUUUAAAAGGAAAGUAAAAUUACACCAUGUUUGGUAAGCUAUCCUCGCCUCUCAACAAAUACAAAUACUAGUACAAUUUAUUAUAUUAGAAUACCAUGUGUUAUCCUUAUUUCAUGUAACUCAUUUCGCAUAUGUGAUUAGACCUUGCUGUGCAUGUCAAGGGGAGGGCUUUAUGCUAGGAAAUUUUCAGGGGAAGUGGCAGCCUGCAUUGUUCUAACUUUGAUAGGAGGACAUGUCACACUUCAGUCAUUCUUUUUGUUAGAUUUUAUUCCCUCAUUUUAAUAUGGAGAUUUAUGUGAGCUCAUAACACAUUGUGAUUUCAAUCGGUUGAAGAGCCUUUUUAACAGUAUGACAUGUAUCUAAUUUCAAUUGCCCUAAUAGCUUCAUUUCUGAUCACAUUUUACUAUAACUUGAUGUGGUAUUUUAGGUAAUGACAGUUUCUAGUUUAUACCAUGUUAUGCAGGUGCUAGCAUCAGAGUUGCCAAAUGUUCAAUUUUUCCAGUAUUUCAUCUUAGUUUUAAUGAAAAAAAAAUCUCCAAUAUAUUUCUUGAAAAAUCAUAAUAUGCAGGUUUCUGGAGAAAUGCACAAUACUCUUCUUUUUUGUUACACCAAACAUUUUUUCUUUCAUCUCUCAUAAUACUGGAAUUCUUUUGUACCAGUUUGGCAUCCCUACAUGUACAUCAGCAUUGUGCAUAUGUUGGCCAAAAAAAAAUUGGAGGAGGAGGAGAAGGGGGGGGGGGUUCAAGUUCAAGCUUCAUCCAAAUAGAUUUAUGAGAGUGGCAGUCCCAGAUGGUCAGAGUGUAAAUGUCACAUAGGUCAUAUACAAUAAGUCUCUUUCUCCAGAUAUUUGAAGAACCGUUAUAGGGUUCAAAUGUGCCUGUGUGCUUUUAAAUUUUGUUUUCAUGAACUAACACCAGGGGCCUAUUUCAUAAAGGACUUCCAACUGUUGUAACUUUUCCAUUAUGGCAGUAAUCAUGGAAACCUUGAUAAUGUUUGCCUGCUGAGCCCUGUUACCAUGGUAGUUGCCAUAAUGGCAAAAAGUUACAACAGUUGCAAGUCCUUUAUGAAACGGGACCCAGGUUUUACCCCAUUAAGAAGAGUUGGGCUAAUAUAAUCAGAAUAUUACAAAUCUGUUCUUUCACAUGAUAUAAAGGGUUUUUCCGUAAGCAAAAGGUUAAGUAUGAGAGUGUAUAGUAAACAUAUCACCUUAUUUUCAAGCAGUACUUGCAUGUGCCCGUUUGUCGCAACAGCUGGGCAAUUCCAUUAAGUAUGUACGUCCUACCCUAUGUGUGUGAGACCUUCAUGAAAUUUUCUGUCUUUGAUUUCUGGUUCUUUUGGUAGUCUUUAAUGCUCUCAAAUGAUCAUGACUUGGUCAGUUUAUGAUGUGAAACUUGAGAAAAUUGGGGUUGGAUGUACAAGAAGGUUCAUUAUUUUGUGAAAUUGCCCAGCGACAACUUUCAAGAGCCACGUUGAGAAUAUCACAUGGAAUAUUACUUAUUGCUUGUUUGUUGUUUUUUGUUAAAGCAUUUUCAGUUGAUGGAUUUUGAAGUGAAAUUGAAGUCUUCAGAUUACCUCCAGUCAAAUAUGUAUAUGAAUAAUACCGUGAUUACAUUGUGGAAAGGAAGUCUCAAACAGUUCUAUGAAUAUUUUAAUAAGAUAUUUUAGGAAGUUUUUAAUUUCUGACCUAAUUUCAUAUCAGCCCAAUGGCAGCCACGGAGGAUUAGGGUUUGGAUGGGAUGAUGUUGGCUUAAACAUGUUUCGUAAUGCAUAUAAAUUUUGGAAGGUUUUUUUUUCAGCUGCCUUUAAAUCUUUUCUAAUUUCCAAAUAUUUGAUGUAAUGAAGCUCUUUGAACAAUUACAUUAAUGUUAUUUCCUAUGAAUAUUUUGCACAUGUCAUACUUUUUUUUCUUCCUGUCAUGCUUUUUUCAUAAUUUUAAUGUUUAUGUUAUUACAGUAUUUUUUUUAUAAAAGAUUAUAUAUAUACAAAGAAACAUUACAAUUUUGAAUAUGUUUAAUUCAGUGUGAUUAUUACAAAUACCUUUGAAAGAUAUGUUGAAGUUUUAUUGUGACUUGUAUGUCAACAUAUUUUGGUAAGUUGUGCGACAUAGUUUUGACUGAAUCGUUGCCUUUUGUGCGAAAUAAAACUGUUGGGCAAUUCUA